ACGCACCGGGGGGCACGAGUGGCGUGCGUGGGCGUGGCGCCGCGCAGUGUAAGCUGGGAGCUGUAGUUGCCCCCGGGGACGGUGCCGUGCCGGAGCCGCCAUGCCGGAGGGGACCGGAGCGCUGCGGGAGGUGCUGCCCAAGCAAGGGCAGCUCUCGGUGGAGGACAUGCCCGCCCUGGUGCUGUGCAAGCCCAAGAUCCUGCCCCUCAAGUCGGUGUCGCUGGAGAAGCUGGAGAAGCUGCAGAAGGCGGCGCUGGACGCGGCCCAGGCGGCCCCGCCGCCAUCCGCGGGGCCCGCGCCGCCCCGGCAGUAGCGCGGGGAGGGUCGUGCCCGGCGGCAGCCGCGAUCGGAGUAUAACUGAGAGUUUUCCUCUGUCACCUACAUGGACCAUUGUGACACCUGGAUCUUCCACCUUGGGGCUGCACUGAUUUCUACCAAGCAAAUCAGGAAACCCAAGGAGAGGCAGCCUUUAUCCUCUGAGGAGCACUGAGGGGUGCUACCUGGGAUUCACAUCAGUGCAGCUUCUUAAUACAUAUUUUUCCAGUCCAACUGUUGGUCCAUCCUCCAGUUUCCAAUCAGCAACACUUUGGUCCCCAGAUGCUGCUUUCUGUACCCUAUGACAGGAAUGAAAAGCCUUUGCCUAUCUGCAAUGAAAG